GAGUUUUUUUACUAGAUUUCUGAAACAUCUGAUGGAUAUGUCGGUUCAGAUUAUUACCAGAAUAAACUGUGUUUAAUUAAUUAUUUUCCAGGUGCUGCAAUGCACGAGAGAUUUCCAUAUCUGACACAUCAUGUGGAAGUUCCAAUAUUGGGAAAUGUAUCUAGAGCCACAGUUGUUUAUUGCUUCCUCGCAAUUGGAUCGAGUAUCUACUAUUUCAUGUCGCAUUGGAAUUUCAAACUAUUCAUAAAAAACGGCUUUCUUCAUAUGUUGGUAGUGUAUAGUUCCUUAUCGUUGGUGAAUUCGCUUGGAGUAUUGGAUGUCCAUAAAGAAAUAUUGGAGUUUCGAGAGAAAUUAAUAACAUGUGCAGGAGCUGAUGCCGAAACUUCGUCGAAAAUCGAGAGGAAUAUCAGGUUCUGGAGGUACCUGAGAAUAGCCGCCGCUUUAAUCUGCCAAAUCGUUGCGUUCACCUGCGUUCCCGUUAGCGGCGAUUUCAGGGAAAUUUACAAUUUGUUGUAUUUAUUCGAUAAUUGGGAGCAAUAUACCAAAUUUGCAGCAACACUGAGGUUUUUGACGAUUUUCGCAAAAAUGUUCCUUGCCCACAUAAUAUAUAUACCAAAUUUUGCAUGUAACGUUGUAUUCGGGGAUAUGAUUUAUGGAAUUAUGAUCAUAAGAAAAAAACUGCAAUUGAUGGACGCUGAUUAUUCACUAAGGAACACUCGAACCAAGAAGGAAGAUUAUCAAAAAAAGGUAGAAUUGACACUGAAGAUGUGUGCUCGACAGCAUAGUACUGUUUUAGAGUAUGCCUCUCUGACAAGAAAACAUAUGAAACUUUCCAUUUUUGGUGCAUAUAAUAUCGGAGUUAUAUUUGCAGCAUUGUUCUAUUUCUGUGUAACUAUGGAAAAUAGUUUCAAGGCUAUAAUCAAAGCUUCUCUGAUAAUCGUCGUCCUUAUAUUCUUCAUAUACACCUUCUGUUACCUCGGGCAAACAUUAGCAAAUGAGUGCGACUUGUUGCAUCUACAGCUCGUAAAUUGUCAUUGGGUUCAUUGGAAUAUACAGAAUAAAAAACUAUAUCUUAUUAUAUUGAUCAACUGUCGAGAACCCAUUAUCUUCCGAUCCAUGGCAUUAGAAGUAUCCUACACAUUACUAUCCAGGUUUCUGAAGGACACAAUCUCAAUUCUGACAGUGAUAAACAAAAUAACCUCCGAAUGAGAAUGUGAGGCAAUAUGAGGUAAUGUUUAUUGGAUUCUAGUUUCUAUGAUCACCACUGGACGUAACUUAUCCAGCAGUUCGUAAAGGGGCGCACCAACAAAUUUUAUUUCUUGCAAUUAUCAUAGUUUGAAAAUUUACUCGAUUUCUAUUAAUUGUUGAUGUUUAUUCUGUGAAUGACUCGCAUUAAACUGAAUAAUAAGAAGAACAAAAAUUUUCAUUGUACUCACCUCAUUUUAUAAAGUUUUAAAUUUAUUAUCAUAGACAGAUAACACUGGCUGAUCUCAAUAUCAACCAAUGUUAUCAUCCGAAUCGAACUUGCUCGAUAUCUAUAUUUUUUAUCUGAGACGAAUCGAAAGAAAUGUUGGAAUUUUUUUUAUUUCUUUCGAACUCCUGAAACUACUGUUAACAUGUAUGAAUAAGUCGAAGACUCAGCCUAUAUUGUAUGUUUAGGCAUAAGGCCAGAAUAAUAUCAGUAUGUCUUCGACCAAUCACUCAAAAUGAAAACGCUGAACCCAAUUGUUUUUAAAUUACCGUCAUCUUCUGGCAAUCUAAUUAAGCGUUUUCCCUCAACCUGUUAGGUUGGCCAUUCACAGUGGAGCCCUAUAUGGGGAGCUCUAUAGCUAGAAUCUCUAUGGGGAAGUUUUACUAUUUCUUUACAUAUGCACUUUAGGUCAAAUUCACUGUUCAGUUGCAUACAAAAUAAUCUCUGCCGUUUUCUUACCAAAAUUUGGUAGAUAAUUCUCCAGAGAAUUCUCUGCUGUUACAAACGGCCUUGAAGAAUUUACUCUAGAAUUAAUGCGCCGUGAAUUCUUUACAGUUACAUACGCACUUUCGGUAAAAUUCUCUGUUCAGUUGCAUACAAAAUAAUCUCUGCCGUUUUCUUACCAAAAUUUGGUAGAGAAUUCUCGGCUGUAACAAACGGGCUCAACAGAUAUCUCAGAACAAGAUUAACUGAACACAAGAGAGAUUGUGUUAAGUUUAUACCAUGGGACUUUCCCAUGGUGAAAAACUAAACACUACCAGAAUGUGGAGUUUUGGUAGAACACUUGAACGAUCAGUAAAAGUUGCGAAUAUUACAACAGUUUCCACUAUCGUCGAAAAGAUGGCAGCACUUUACGAAUGUCUUUAUUCAAUUUCAGUAAGUUUCGAAUUGUAGCCACUGGCGUGACUUUUCGAGGAAUUUUUUCAUGUGAAAAUUCAUUGAAAAAAUCAUUUCACCUCGGGAAGUGAAUAACAUGAAUGAACAUUUGUUCUUCAAUGAAAACAUUUUCUCAUUUUUUUUCCGUUUGACGAAUGAAAAUAUGUCUGGCUUUCCUAUAUGACGAACUGAUUGAGUUGAAUUAUGAUGAAAACCCCAUAUACAUUAGUGGUUUCUGAAGUAAGAUAUAUCUUUUCGCCUUUUGAACUGACUACUGAAACUGUGUAGACCCCUCUUAAUAAUCCCACUAGAGUUAAAAACAAUAACAUGCUUUUAAUAAAUUGCACUUUGAAGGUGUGACUAUAUAACACUCACACCAACAUAAGGAAAAAAACAUUUUGUGAAAUGCUGGAAAUAAAAAAGACAGCAAUUCAAUCAAUAGGAGAAGUGAUAUCGAAAACUUAAACAUUACCAAUUUCGAUACAAAGAAUACGAAAUUAAGCAUCCAUCAAAUAAGUCGUUUUUGUGGGUUUACAUAUUAUUUCGUUUUUUUUUCUUGAUACCAGAUAUUAACGCAGAAUGUUAAUCGUCUAGUAAAUUU